ACAUUGCUUUACGACAACCUCAGAUCCCGGAACUUACGUCCAUUCUUGGAUUGCAAGAACAUGAAGCCCGGAGACAAGCUUUUUGAUCAUAUCAACAGCGCCAUUCUCACUUCUAAAGUGGCCGUAACCGUUUUCUCUCCCAACUACUGCGACUCUUAUUUUUGUCUCCACGAGCUUGCUCUUAUAAUGGAGUCUAGGAAGAGAGUCAUACCAAUAUUUUGCGACAUCAAACCUUCACAACUUGAUGUUACGAUCGAGAGGCUGACAUGUUCUGAUGAUGAAAUCCAUAGGUUUCGACGGGCUCUCCAAGAAGCUAAAGAUAUCGUUGGACUCACGUUCGAUUCCUACAGAGGGAAUUUGUCGGAGGUUGUUACAAUUGCAUCGGAUGUUAUCGUCGAGAGGUUGGUCGAGUUAGAGGCUGAAGAUGGAAAUUUUUAG